GAAGGGCAGCUCCCGCCGUGAGCUGGGCCUCGGCGCUCCCCGCCCCCGGGCCCGUCUUCCCGUGUCUUCUCAUUAGCUGUUCCCGCGGACUGGCUUCCCUCCGGAGGGGAAUUCCUGAAACCCACACGCCCUCGGGAGGGCUGGGCACCAGAUAAAAGCCGUCCUCAAAGCCCGGCCCCUCCUGGGACCCGGUGGCGGCGCGCGGCUUGUCCUCCUAAGGCAGGGGUCUGCACCCACGGAAAACAGGUUCUCAGAGUUUUUCUGGUUUGCUCCCAGCUCUCCACCGGCACAUCUGUCUGUCUUUCCUUUGGGAGAAAUGUGCUUUGCCAAUGACUAACCGCAGUUGUGCUGAGAUGCUAUCACCUGUCACCUGCACGGCAGGACCCGAGCCCACGCGGAAAUGAGAUAGGCCCGCGCCACCUGCCUCCCCCCUGGCAGAGCCCUCAGAAGGUCUGUGCCACCCGGGGCCGCCUCUGUCCUGUCUCAGGACUCCGGCAUGGGGCCAUCACAGUGACUGCCCCAGGGCCCCCUGCUGCCAUCCUGAAAGGGCCCACCUGGGUGUCUGACGAGCAGCUCCCUCCCUGCGGGCCGAGGGCGGAGCCCCUGGAUGGAGCUUGGGACCUAUACUCCUCAUGUCUGUCCUGCUGAUGCUGUGUGUCCCGCUCCUGGCCCUGGCGACCCCAGGCCGAGGCACCCGGCGAUGGGAACCCUGCACAGACCUGCGCCCCCUGGACAUCCUGGCAGAGGCCCUCCCUCCAAAUGGCGCUGCGGGCGAAAUCAGGGUGACACAGGCGAAUGGCGUGCGAGGACUCCAGCUCUCGGCCGCCGCCCCCCACGCCAUGAGCUUCCCCGCAUCGAGGAUUUUCUUCCAAUGCGACCUCUUCCCUGAAGAAUUUUCGAUCGUCAUAACCUUGAAAGUUCCCAAUCUUCCCCCUAAGAAGAACGAAUACCUGUUCACUGUGGUGACGGAGGAGUCUGACGGGCUGUUGCUGGGUCUGCGGUACUCGCCCACCAGGCUGCACUUCCUGUUCCGCAGCCGGGACGCGGCGGGGGCCUGGCAAACCCGCGUGACCUUCCGCAGUCCCGCUCUGACGGACAACCAAUGGCACACGCUGGUCUUGGCCGUGUCCGAAGGAUCCUUUUCCCUCACCGCGGACUGCGGCGUCCCCGCGGACAUAAUGGCUGACGUGCCCUUCCCGGCCACCCUCUCGGUGCGAGGAGCCCGGUUCUUCAUCGGCAGCCGGAAGAGGACCAAAGGCCUGUUCACGGGCCUGGUGAGGCAGCUGGUCUUACUGCCUGGCUCGGAUGCCACCGCAAGGCUCUGUCCCUGCAGGAGUCCCGAGUUGGCUGUGCUGUCCAUCCCCCCAGUCCUGCAGGGCCCCCCGGGGAAGCCAGAAGAUAAUGAGGUGCUAAAAUAUCCCUAUGAAACCGACCUGAAGGUGACUCUGGGGUCCCGGCCUCCAUGCACCAAAAUGGAGGAUGCCCAGUUCUGGUUUGAUGCUAGCCGGAAGGGGCUGUUCCUGUGUGUGGGCAGCCAGUGGGUCUCCGUGUUAGCAGCCAAGGAGAAACUGGACUACGUGGAAGAACAUCAAAGCCUGUUCACCGACUCGGAGACGCUGGGCAUCGAGGUCUUUGCCAUCCCCGAGGCCGGGCUCUUCGUGGCAGCCGCCAACCGCAAAGCCACGUCCGCCAUCUACAAGUGGACCGAUGGGAAGUUCGCCUCCUACCAGAACAUUCCCACGCACCAGGCACAGUCCUGGAGACACUUCACCAUUGGGAAGAAGGUAUUCCUGGCUGUGGCUAAUUUUGAACCGAAUGAAAAGGGCCAGGAGUUCUCUGUCAUUUACAAAUGGAGCCAGAGGAAACUGAGGUUCACACCGUACCAGAGGGUCCCCACCCACAGCGCCCGGGACUGGGAAGCCUUCGAGAUGGCCGGGGAGCACUUCUUGGCCGUGGCCAACCACAGGGAAGGUGAUAACCACAACAUCGACAGCGUCAUCUACAAGUGGAACCCGAGGACCCGACUCUUCGAGGCCAACCAGACCAUUGCCACCUCAGGCGCCUACGACUGGGAGUUCUUCACCGUGGGGCCCUACUCCUUCCUGGCGGUGGCCAACGCCUUCAACGGCACGUCCACCAAGGUGCACUCCCACCUGUACGUCUGGCUCCUUGGCUCCUUCCAGCUGUUCCAGGCCUUCCUGCGCUCUGGACUGGGAGUUUUUCUCGGUGGGAGAAGAUUAUUUCCUGGUGGUCGCAAACUCCUUCGACGGAAACACCUUCCUGGUAAACAGUAUUAUUUACAGGUGGCAGGGGUACGAAGGGUUCGUGGCCGUGCACAGCCUCCCGACCUUUGGCUGCAGAGACUGGGAGACCUUCCGCACCGCGGCGGGUUCCUACCUCGUCUACUCCAGCGCGAAGGAGCCCCGCUCCCGGGUGCUGAAGCUGAGGACGGGGUGAGGGCACCGGCGCCCCUCCCGGAGCCCUGGGAGAAGCCGGCCCUUUCCGGGCCCUGGCCCUCGUCCGGGGGGCCGUCCGUCCACCUCUCUGCCCCGGUGACUGUCGUGGCGGGUUUGGGGGCUCCACCGGCAGUCGGGCCGGAGUCGGGUACUGCCCUGUGACCCCGGGCGGGCUGCCCGGGGUUCGCCUCAAGGGAGGAGUUCAUACAAAAUUUUACCUCAGAACCAGCGGGACCUCCCCACGGUCCUCCCGGCCCACCCGGGUGCGGGCACAGGCUUCACGCGGAUUCACGUAUCUCACACCGGCUAUUUAUUGUAUACUGUCUGUACAGAAAUAUAUUUAUGACGCCCUUUACCAAAGGCCUGAAGGCGUCUGCGUGUUUGUGGGGGGGACAGUUCACUCGGCCAGCGCGGUGGGAUGUGCCCUCGGGUCCCGGGUCACCGAGCCGGAGGGCACCCCUCCUCUGCAGGGACUCGCUGCCUCUUCUGGCCCCGGUUUAGCCAGGAAUGCGGGGGGGGGUCGGUUUCGGGGAGGAACCAGCGGUGCGGGGACUGGGUCCCACCCCAUCCCACCCCGUGCAAA